AUGGCACAGACGGGCCGCAGCAAGCUGCAGAAUCAAAGGGCCGGCCUGAACAAUCAGAUCCUGAAAGCCAUGAGGAUGAGGGCCGGAGCUGAGAACCUCCUGAGGGCCACCACCAACAACAAAGUCCGAGACCAAGUCCUCCUGGAGCUCAGCUACGUCAACUCCAACCUGCAGGUGCUCAAGGAGGAGCUCGAGCGGCUCAACAUAUCGGUGGAGGUGUACCAGCACACAGAGCAAACCUCCAGCAUUCCGCUCAUCCCUCUGGGCCUCAAAGAGACAAAAGACGUCGAUUUCACCACGCCGUUCAAGGAUUUCAUCCUGGAGCACUACAGUGAAGACGGUGCUGAUUAUGAAAAUGAACUGGCCGACCUGAUGGACCUCAGACAGGCAUGCCGGACGCCCAGCAGAGACGAAUCUGGAAUAGAUAUGCUAAUAAGUUAUUUCCAACAGCUCGGGUUCAUGGAGAACCGGUUCUUCCCCUCCAGCAGGCACAUGGGGAUCCUCUUCACAUGGUACGACUCAUUCACUGGCGUUCCCAUCAGCCAACCCAACAUCUCUCUCGAGAAAGCCAGCAUUCUCUUCAACAUCGGUGCCCUCUACACUCAGAUCGGAACCCGCUGCAAUAGGCAGACAAAGAGCGGCCUGGAGGAAGCAGUCACCAUGUUCCAGAAAGCUGCAGGAGUUCUCACCUACCUAAAGGAGACCUUCACACACACCCCCAGCUAUGACAUGAGUCCCGCCAUGUUGAGUGCCCUCAUUAAAAUGCUGCUGGCAGAAGCUCAGGAGUGUAACUUCGAGCAGAUGAUCCUGUCCGGGGUCCAGAACGAAUUCUGCACUUUGGCCAAAGUGGCGCAAGAGGCAGCAAAGGUCAGUGAGGUUCACAUGCAAGUGUACAAAGCCAUGAACCAGGCUCCCAUCAAGGAGAACAUGCCCUACUCCUGGUCCGUCAUGGUGCAAGUAAAAGCUGAACAUUACAAAGCACUGGCUAACUAUUUCGUGGCGAUCGUGCUCAUCGAACAUCAGUUGGGUCCACACGAUGAUGAAGACAAGCAGGAGAAGGCCCUGUCCCAGCUCUAUGACCACAUACCAGAAGGACUAACUGCCAUGAAAAUACUUAAAGACAAACAGCAGAGGACACAGCUAGGGAAGGCGCAUCUGUCCAAAGCGCUCGUGUGCCACGAGGAGGCCCUCCGACUCUCCAGUCUCUGCAGCCAGCUGAAGCAGAUCGACGUCUUGCAGGAGAUACUAUCUGCUUUCCACAAGAGGGCGCUGCUGAAAUUCACGCAGCACCAGAAGGAAGACGACUUUCUGAAUUUACUGGUGGCCCCCGAAAUUAUCGGUAAGACGGAAUACAAGGCAGAAAUCAUCUUGCCUCCAGUCUCCAGAGUGAAAGUUAUUGACCUCUUCCAGCGAUUGGGUCCUUUGUCUGUAUUUUCUGCAAAGCAAAGAUGGACAGCCCCAAGGAAAGUCCACUUAACUCUUGAAGAUGGUGAUUUGGGCUUCGUUUUAAAGGGUGACUGUCCAGUUCAGAUAACUUCGCUGGAUCCCCUCUGUCCAGCCGCAGGUGCUGGAGUGAAGGAAGGCGAUUACAUUGUAGCAGUGGAAGAGCGGGACUGCAAAUGGUGCUCCGUAAACGAGGUUAUGGACAUGCUAAAAGGAAUCGGGGAAGAAGGGAAGGAGAUCAGAGUGAUCAGCAUUCAGGAUCAGACGUCCAGCAUGCAUAACAAAAGUGCCACUUACUCCGCGGGAAUGCAGAAGACGUACUCGCUGGUUUGCCUUAACGUGGACGACGACAAAAGCGUCAAAACGCAAAAGGCGACGAAGAAGCUCUCCUUCCUCAGCUGGGGCUUCAGGAACCGCCAAAAAGCAGCCAGCACCCUCUGCCUCCCGACCGCCACCACGGGGAAACCCGAUUCCAGCAAAUUGUUCCUUUCGCCGUACAACACCUUGGCGUCUGACAGCGGGAUGUACUGA